GUAGUCUUUACUGCCAGAAGGGUUUGCAAGGAGGAAGAAGACUUCCCUUUGGUUUGCUGUCUCUCUACUGGUGGUGUCCACUUUCAUCCUGACCAUAGGCCUUGCUGCGACCACCAGGACUGAGAAUGUGACGGUGGGAGGCUAUUACCCAGGGAUCAUUCUGGGCUUCGGAUCUUUCUUGGGAAUCAUUGGCAUCCACCUGGUAGAGAACAGAAGGCAGAUGGAACCGAGGCCACUCACCACCGGAAGAUGCCAAUUUUACUCCAGCGGCAUAGGAUAUUUAUAUGACAUCUAUCAGACAGAGGUCACCUGUCACUCCUUGACUGGCCACUGCCAGCUGAAGGUGAAGAGCAACACCUGCUACUGCUGUGACCUGUACCACUGCGAAAACACCGAGCACUCCACGAGCUACUACGAGUUCGUUGGCGUGAGCGGCUGCCAGGACGUGGUCCACCUCUACCGGCUGCUGUGGACGUCGACGGUGCUGAACAUCAUCGGCCUGUUCCUGGGCAUCGUCACGGCUGCGGUCCUGGGGGCCUUCAAGGACAUGGUCCCUCUGUCCUCGUUGGCCUACGGCUCCUCCUCACCGCCCCAGAUCCUGUACAAUCCCGCCCAGCAGAUCCUGGCCUACACAGGCUUCCGCCCAUCGCCAGCCUCCGUGCCCACCUGCUCGCCCUACCCUUUGCCUCUUCAGCCCUCCGGCAACUUCCCAGUCUCGUCUUCCACUGACCUCUCUCUCUCUGACGACACGCAGCCUCCGUCUCAGGCCAGCUCCACCUCCGGGCGUCCUCCCAAUGCCCCACCACUCUAUACACCAACCUUCUUCCUCCCGGGGGAGAAACCGCCCCCGUACGCUCCAUGACACAGAGGUGGUCGGUCGAAAAACAAAAACAUGGUUGCUUUGUUUUAAACAAACACACACCUUUUAGAAACCCUACUUCUUUGGCCAACUGCCUAGCGGUAAGCCAGGAGAAGCCCUGCAGGAACCUGCACCUCCUUUCGUCUGGUCACGUCCCCUCCACGGAGGCCCAGAGCAAGCAAGGGGACCCAGUGCUGCCCUGGGCCCGGGCGAAGGCUCCUCUCCCGUGUCCACCACUCCCAGGUGGAGGAAGGCAGCAGGGACAAGAGGGGUGGGUGUGGGCAACCAGAAAUGUCCGCCCCUACAGAAGUGACACCCUCCUUUGUAUAGAAAGCAUGUGCGUCCGUUUUCAUAAACAGACACCAAAUAUCACUGGAAAUGUUAACGUGGAGCCUCCUUGUUUGAGAGAGGUGUUCUGGUAUCUGUGUGUACACGCGCGCAGACACACACGUCUGUUUGAGUUCCCUACCAGCCUCUCCUUAGAUUAAUAAUUAAUCAUUAUUUUCAAAAGAAAUAACGGUCCAGGGUGCUCCCACGUGAGGUUUGUUUUUUAAGGAAACAUGCUCCACAUUUAUAUACAUUGAUACACACAUUGGUGUAUGUGACCAAGAAGGGUCUGUGUCCCCACCCACUGCAGGCUUUGCUUGCAAAGAAGAGAUGCUUUGGCUCAAAUAUAAAACACUGGUUUUAAA